AUGCAAUUUGUCCAAUAUCAUAAACCCUGUGCCCAAAAAUACCAAUCCUACAGGGCAGCCAUUGCUCAGCUCCUCAAACAACUGGAGCAAAUCCGAGACCAGGAUUUGACAUCCGAACUGAAAGCCAACUUGAAUAGUUUGGGAGUCCAGUCAAGUCUACUUGUGCUGUCCAACCGGGAUGAGUACAGGGAGCCUACACCAAAUAUUUCAUCAAAUGGAGCUCGACUAGGAGACCAAGCCCAGCAGCUUGUUUCAAACAUGGAAGUGCCAUCGUCCCAGCCCACACCUGCCCAGUCGGCUCCACAAGGAUUGCCAUAUCUACCGAGACAUACACCGCAAGACUAUGCUGGGGACAAUGCAGCCGCUUGGCACCGGAGGGCCGAUCAACCGGAGCCAAGUCAAAUAGGACUGUCAUUGAACCAAGGCCAAGAUGCCAUGAUACCGCAAUCUUAUCCUCAGCAAACAGCCAAUCCGGCCGAGGGUCCAAAUCAGUUACCACCUGCAACUAUGGAUAGGUAUUAUGUACCCAAUGUUAGUGCGCCCCCAUACCAACAAAGUGUCUUCCCUUCGACGAACAGUGUCAGGCACUCUCCGAACCGGUCGAGCGACGUAGAGCCUGGCAAUGGUUCAUGGAUGACGGAGGACUUUGACUGGUUUAAAUAA